AUGGAACAGGACAAUCCGGCCACCAGAGGUGCCUCAGCCGCCGCAGCCGCCGCGGCCAAGUCGAGAAGCAUGAAGCGGCCACAGUCCCGCGCCUCAACGACAUCCAUCCACAGCGCCACGACCCAGCCGAACAUGGACCACUCGGGCUUCGCCGACACUUCCAGUAUGUAUGCCGGCCAAUGGAUGGCCAACGACAAGCCCAUGAACUCGACGGCACAAAUGUCCACCGAGGAGAUGAUGAUCGUGCAGGCUGCCACCAACAUGCAGUCGGGAAAUCACGACUUCUCCAUGGACAACUCCAUGUCUGCGCCCAUGCCUCACCACCACAUGUCCUACCAGCAGCAGCACCCGCAACAGCAGCACCCCAUGGCCCGCCAUCCGUUGCCCAAUGAGCAAUACGGCGCCAAUGCGAGCUUUACUGACGGCGACACCCAGAUGCUGGACAGGGACGACAACGACGAUGCUGACCUCAUGGGCGGCGCUGUCGGUGCGCCCAAGCCCGCCACCAGGUCGAGCGCCAACAAUGAGCUUGAGAUGAGGCAGCUGUUUGGCGCUAACCGCCAUCGCACACUCCAGGACGUUGCUGGUGAGCUGCAUGGCAAUGAGCGCGGUCCAAACUCGGAACGGACGCGCCAGGUUUUUGCUAUGCUCUGGAUCAAUUCGGUUUGUUCCAAGGGCAAGGGUUCUGUCCCUCGUGGUCGCGUCUACGCCAACUAUGCGUCGCGCUGCGCCACGGAGAGAAUCACCGUUCUCAAUCCCGCUAGCUUUGGAAAGCUGGUGCGCGUUCUCUUCCCAGGACUCAAGACUCGUCGACUGGGAGUGCGUGGAGAGUCUAAGUAUCACUACGUCAACUUUGCGCUUGUCGAGGACCAGGGCGACUCGCGCGACUCGCAGCCGCCUGUCCCACGCCCGCUUCCCGAGGCGCAAAGCUUUGGCCAAAGCUUCAGAUCUCAGUCCCAGUCCAACGGACCUGCUGGUCGAGGCUCGCUGCCCGCACCUGAAGGCGCUCGUCCGAGUCAAAGGGAGCAUGGGGAGGCUGGUGCUGAUGCCCGGAGUCACAGCCUUUACAACCACCCUGAGCUGGCCAGCCUCGACUCCAUCCACAGCACUUCGACCAAGACUUCAUUGGAGCUGGCGUUCCCGUCUGUCGAAGACGAAUCCAACGUCAAGCAGUCGGAGCCUAUUGCGCUGCCGGCGAUCGAACCGUUCCUCCCGCACGGUACCGACCCGGAUGCCGCCAAGUCACUGUCGGCUUUGUAUCGGUCUCACUGCACCUCUCUGGUAGAGUGCAUCAGAUACUGCCGCGAGAAGACCUUUUUCCACCUCUACACUUCCUUCCAGGGCACGCUCACGAUGCCCGUACAGAAGCUGCUGGGCAAUGCGGCUUUGGCGCCGUGGAUCGAGGGCUGCGACUUCGCCUUGUAUCAGCGAAUGAUGAGCAUCAUUGCAGGGCUGACGCUGCAAGUCGUGCCCAAGCCUGUGCUUGACACUCUUCGCAACAUCUCGGAGAGGCUGGUGCCGCACAUUCGCGAGUCUUUCCAAGGCCAGCCUCAACAUGUCAUUGCCGCCAAGGAGGGCCCCGCCGCCAUCUUCGCUGGACUCCUGGACCGGGCGCUCCGUGUCAACCUCACAGCUCACGCGGCGGCCAACAUGCUGUCGAACCCAGCGAACCGCGACCAGAUGUACCUCGACUGGAUCACAAUGAUCCGGGCUCGCAAAGUUGCUGAGUGCGUGCCGACACGCGGCAUGGACGAUGUGGUGGACUUGCUGGUGACGGAAAUGCGCGACCUGCUCGACCCGGUCAACGUGCCGUGGGAAGUGGAAUGCCUCACGGUGUACGGCGACGUGGCGUCUCGAAGCAACCGACAACCAGACGAGAACAGCGGGGUGAACUCGACUGGCCAAAACGUCUUGGACCGAUGGGUUGGUUUUCUGCAAGGGCUGCCGGAGAAGUUCCCGUACGCGUCGCAUACUGACAUCGUCUGGUGCGUGGAGCGGGUUGGGACAGCGGUGAUGCGAGAUCUCACGCUGGCGCAGGGCAAGAGCUUUGGGUCCUGGUGGGUGACGAAGACGUGGGUGGACGAGAUGGUGGUGUUCCUCACGGAGCAGGGAGGCUUCAUGAAGCAGAAGCCGCGGCAACCAAGCGCCAAGGCGGUGGCGAGCCCGGAGGAGGCGACCAAGGAGACGAGCCGACAGAACUCGCGCUACAGCACCGGCAGCGAAGACGUGAACGUGCCCAACGUCUCGCAGUCGCAGCCGGGUCGGGCGCCGUUCCCGCCCCCGCCAAACACCAGCCAGGCGUCCAUGGGCGCGACCGGUGGCGGCGGCGGCAGCAGCGGGAACGGCGGCAACCCAGACCCACACGAUGACAGCGGCAUCAGCAUGCGAACGCCCGAAGACGACUUCCCCAUGGACAAGUACACGUUCUCCGGGGCAGACGGCGUGGGAAUGGUGGCAGGGACGGAGCUGGCGGUUGGAGGGGCUGCUUUAUAA